UCUACCAUUCAACACCAAGCACAAAUCAAGCAGGCUAUUAAAACUCAGCCAACUAUCGAGACUUAAUAUCUGGAUGUUGAAUGCGGAACGUUCCCAGGACUGAAAGAAGACUCUGGUCAUAAUAAUUCCCGCGCAUCUGACGGAGAGAAGCAUGGUUGAUAACACAAGUAUAGCAACUAAAUCUUCUUUGCAAGGCUCCUUCUCGUCCGCCGGGAGCCUUCCCCUUCAGGCUCCCUCCGCCUCCUCCCACAGCCCGUUCCACGGCACCCUGUCCCACCAGGCUGGUAGCGGCGGCAUGAAGCUCGAGGCGGUCAUGGAGAAUCUGCAGCGGCAACAGGCGGCGCGCCUGGCUCUGGAAGAGAAGCUCCGGCAGGCGGAGAAAGAGAAAGACCUGCGGUCCAUGGUGGAGUCCCAGAUACAUCAGCAAGCUCUGGCUUUCCGCCACUACCAGGCGGCGAUGCGCGGCGCCUUGGCCGCUGGAGUUGCCAACUCGUCCCCCGGGGUGACGCUCCCUCAUAUGGAGGUCCGCAGACUCGACGAGGACGGGAACUCCUCCAGAGCGGGCAGCGACAAGGAGCGGGACGAGGAGGGAGAUGAGGCGGAGGAGCAGGAGAUCGUGGAUGAUGAGGAGGAGAACGAGGACGAGGUCGCGUUGAACCACUACCAGCACCAACAAUCCUCGCUUCAGGGAGCUUGCCUGUCUCCGAAGAGCGCCCCGAUGCAUCUCAUGUCCAGAGUCCCGGCGGCCUUCGCCCCGGCCCGUCGCGCAGAGUCUCCAUCCGCGCAGCCCCAGUCCCAGCACCACGAGUGGACCUAUGAAGAGCAGUUCAAACAGUUGUAUGAACUGGAUGAUGAUGAAAAGCGCAAAGAGUUCCUGGACGACCUUUUCAGCUUCAUGCAGAAGCGAGGGACUCCAGUGAAUCGGAUUCCUAUCAUGGCCAAGCAGGUGUUGGAUCUCUACAUGCUCUACAAGCUCGUCACAGAAAAAGGCGGCUUAGUGGAAGUCAUCAAUAAGAAAAUAUGGCGUGAGAUCACCAAAGGCCUUAACCUCCCUACCUCCAUUACCAGUGCAGCUUUCACUCUCCGAACACAGUAUAUGAAGUACCUCUACCCAUAUGAAUGUGAAAAGCGGGGACUGAGCUCCCCCGGUGAGCUUCAGGCAGCUAUCGACAGCAACCGGCGGGAAGGCCGUCGGCAGAGCUACGGCUCCGCUAUCUUCAACUAUUCUCCCGUGGGCACCCCCACCCUCCUGUCCUCACCAAAGAUGCAGAUGUCCCAUCUGCCUACGCUCACUCACAACAGUGGCCAUAUCUCCCAGGUGCCUGUGAUCAAGAAAGAGGAGGCCAUGAUGGUCAGCUGCCCACCCAGCCGGGUGGCCCUCCCCAUGUCACCUAGCGGCCACCAUGCAGCAGCUGUGGCUGCCCAGGCGGCAGCGGCGGCUCAGGCGGCAGCGGCUGUGCAGGCGGCAGCUCUGGAGCACCUCAGAGAGAAACUGGAAAGCAGCGAACCACCAGAGAAGAAGAUGAUGAUGGUGGCUGAGGAGCAGCAGAGGAUCAUGCAGCAUGCUCUGCAGCAGAACCUGCUGGCAAUGGCCACCCAGCUGCCCCUCAACAUCAAACUCAACAACAGAGAUGAUAGACAAGAGACCGCAUUGAACCUGUCUACCAACGGCAUUAGCAGCAUCAACAUGUCAAUAGAAAUAAAUGGAGUUGUCUACACAGGAGUCCUGUUUGCACGGCAGUCGGCCAUAGCCGGGAUGACGGGACACCGUGGAAAACACAGCAGCUGCCAGACUCAGGGAAAGACAAGUCCCAGACAGUUCCAGCCCACCUGCUCCUCGUCCUCAUCCUCCUCCUCUUCCUCACUCCACGGACACAGAAACUCCUCCCCCUGAGUUUCCUGUCCCUCCCUCACCUCCUCACCUCCUCCUCCCACACUCACACCAGGGAGGAGAUCCAUUCUCUUCCCAAAGACACCAAGCAGUUGGAGAUAUGAUCAUCUGAUGAACUCUGGUAGCUCUGAUAGGAUAUCAGGCUUUCUCUUCCACGCAACCAGAUUCCCUGUAGGUCACCUAACAACAGAUUGGAAAAGCAGCAAACUUGUAUUUACAGACUAAAUACUUUGGCAAGAGAUCCGCCCACCCCCACCUCCUCCACCCCUUAUCCCGAUUUCUCCUGCUCUGAAUUAGUUGUGUGUUUCAAGGACAUUUAACCUUUGUAUGUUGCCAUUGUGUUUCACGUCCUCCAAGACAUCUGCUCAGUGUGGAACAGUUCAAAAGCAUGGUCGCCCAUCAACUUAAGGCGCAACCUGGAUGAGGCCAAACCAAGACACCCUCCUCUCGUGCAUCGUUACAAUGAAAAGACGACGCAGCAGCUGAACAGUUAACCUUCGGUAACAAACAGCUGCUGCUGAUGUUUGUAGGCUCUCUGACAAACCUCAGAAACUUGCUGCUCUCAGCUGAUACCAAAGAAAAAAACAAAUCUCUGCUGGUUCAACACGUCCAGCUUUAGCACCAAUGAUCAAACGUGAAGAUUAUAGCAAUGAGACAAAUAGGCAAAGCACAUCUGAAGUGGAAAUCAUCAUAUGUUCUGCAGAAAGACAGACUGCUUAGAAGUAUGUUCUCAAAUACAUCAGGGUUCAGCUGCACAUCUGGUAAAUAAUGUCUCAACAUACAGCCAAUGACCAGGCUAGAAGGAGUGAUGUCUGUGUACAAUCAUGCAGUGAAAAUAGAAGUAAAGCGUUUUUUUAGCCUGUUAGCUUGCUAACUAGCCAGCAGGCUAAUGAAACCAUAAAAAUAAAGCUAACACAUAGUUCUAUCCACUAGUAACAGUGUGUCUCAAAGCUAAUAUUAUACAUACAUAUGUAAUCAGGGUCAGAUUAACUUGGGGCCAUCAGCAACCCCCCCCCCCCCCAAAAAAAAGAAAAAAACAACGCAGUCAACCCAGAAGCCAAGCAGAAUUACACUGGUAUACUACACUGCCCCAGGUUUGCUGUGUGUCAGGUCAUUUGUGGUAACUAAAUUAUACACGUUUUUCAGGAUAUACACCAAAUCUAAUAUGUAUUCAAACUAGAUUUUGAUGCAGGGUCCCUCUACAAGGUAGGGCCUCAAAAAUGGGCAAAAAUGCAGGAACCACCAUAAGAGCCUUGGCAUUACAGAUUUUUUUUAUAUGCUUCACUAGUGCACAAACAAAAAAAGAGAAUUAAUCAUAUUAUUCAAAGUAGCUGACACACGGAUAACCUGGGGUCCCUUAUAGUUUUGGACCAUUACCCCAACACAUACUGUAUGUUACUAUUACAUUCUUAGAUAUAAACACCACAUUCAUAUGGAGAAAAAAAAUCUUUCACACAGUUAGGAUGAGUUAAUAGUAUGCAUUUGGGACACAGUAUGUUAGCUAGUGCGCUAAUCAAUAUUUGGAUUAUCAAUAUCUUUGAUAGCUGGCUGAUAAGAACAUUGAAUUCCCAGCCACAAAGGACUGCACAGUAACUAAUCAUGUCUGUUCAGUUAUUCUGAGACCGUCAUGGUGGCCCCUGUAUAAGGACUUCCAACAUGGCCACUGGAAAGUUUUUUUUUUCUCCUUGGUUUUCUUUUCCUGCGAUCACAAAAUAAGCGAACUUAGCGUUGUAUCACAGAAUUACUUAUUUGUGAGGUAGAGAUGGCAAAAAUAUUCCAACAUAAAAGAGCUCGUUAGUCAGGAUAACAGAUUAUGUUUCUUGUGAUGACAAGAAAAGUAUGUUUUAAAAAUCUCGUCCCCUCUCUGCCUUGCAGAAUGUAAUGUAGUGUAGUGACUGUGACGGGUUAAACUGAUAGCUAUGAUGAGUGCCGUUCCAGUCCAACACUUUCCUCAUUCACUGGGGAUAAACAUUGCAAAUCACCAUCAUUGCUCCACCGUUGCAGUUGCGAGCAGAAAUGCUUAAGAAAUCUCUGCUGAGGCCAAGCGCGGUGGAGACGCAAGCAGCGCAGGAGACUGCGUUGCUUUCUGAAGAGAUCCUCUGCAGGUCACAGCGACUAAACCCAGAGCCACUGCCGCUGUGCAGAAAAACAUCAGCAAUGCAUGUCAACACAAUAAGACUGAAGCACAAAGCUGAUGUGACAGUGGAGUGGGGAAAUGUGAGUGACGACAAACUUGGGAAAAAAUUAAUCAAGAGAGUCCUCAUGUGGCAUUGAAUUUGUAGAGAAGUGACCGUGACAGAAAAGUGUAGAGCACUUCAGCCCCAUGGGCAGCAGGUGAACAGAAACAAAGGAGGUGACAGCAGGACACACAAAGACGUGCAGUCCGUAGGAAACAGUCAUCAGUCACACAGUGGUUUUACAUUGUGAAUAGAAUCCAGGUUUCUUUGUUUUGUUUUGUUUUAAUCAAUGCACUUGUGUCUAACAUCAGAGACCUCUUUCAUUUCUCUCUUUCUUUUUUCUUUCUGCUUUCAUAAAGAUAUAAAAUAUUUUCUUUAUUGGGAAGAGAAAUGAUAAAACAGUUUGAAGAUAUAUGGGGGGUUUUAUUAAGUCUGUUAAAGCAUUGAAUUGCAGAUUUUAUUUAUUGUGUUUUAUAUUUGAUCCUGCUAGCGUUGCAUUUGGCUCCACCACUUUGUUCGCAAACCUUUUUUUUUUAAAGAGUCUUCUUGAAUGCAGAUACCUCACCGACUUACCUGUAUAUAGUCAUAGUAAAGUAUGAAUACAAGAUAUACCUCAUAAAUUUCAUUUAUUUUUAUUGUACAGCCACUUGAAAUCAAUGUUUUACUUCAACAGAUCACUGGAUUUUUCUUUUCUUUUUUCAUUUUUUUGUAUGAUUAUACCAAAGAAGGGAAUAUUUUAUUGACACACAUCUACCUCAUUUGUUAGAAACUGUGCCAACGAGCAUGUCCGCGAUCUUACUUGCCAGUGUAUUCACUGCGUUUCAUAUCCAUGUGUUUGUGUGAAUACAAAUGCUUUUCAGUCAAAGGAAAAAAAAAAAACAGUGGAUUAUAAGAUAAA